GGAAAGCUCUUGCAGGAUCUUUAGGAAAGGUUACCGAUGACGGGUCAAAGCUGGCGAUUUCACUGGAUGUGUCGAAAUUCAAGCCAGAUGAACUGAAGGUGAACAUCGAUGGCCGAACUCUAACGAUUGAAGGCAAGCAAGAAAUCACUGAAGGUUCAAAUUACACCAGCAGGUCAUUCCUUCGUCGAUGGACUCUUCCAGAAGAUGUUGACGUCGAGCAGAUCCGAUCCACCCUAUCUGAGAACGGUCAGCUGGCCAUCGAGGUGCCCAAGCCGAAACCAGCCGUCACCGCCAGAACUAUCCCAAUCCAAAAGGCUGUCGAUCAGCAGUAA